AUGUCCGCAGACUUAUUUGCAGAGUUUGGGCAGGGUCCCGCCCCGACUCAAAGCACUUUAGGCAGACCACAGACGACCAAACAACUACAGCCACAAGCAAACCCAUUGAUUGACGACUUUGAUCAAUCGGAUGAUUUAUUUUUCGCUAGACCCACGAAUAGUCAGUCGGGUGCGAAUCAACAAUUCGGUUCAAGCUCAGCCUCUGGCCAAUACGUCACUCAGGCACCAGCUGCCCAUCAACAAGUGCCAAGCUUGCCAGCAUUCAAUCUGCCUCGGCAGAAUAACAGCGACGUAUUAUUUGAUGCUACAGAAGAAAUUCCUGCCAGUGAUACGGAAGACGACUGGGGUGAUUUUGAGGGACCAGAUGCCAGUACUGCGCGGUCAUAUCAGUCACAGUAUUCAACGCCCGCCGCUCAAAAAACCAAAGUCUCCAAACCACCACCAAAAGUCCAGCAAGUGACAAGCACGUUCGACUUGCUUGACUCACUGUCAAUCGAAGACGGGACCUCAACUGCAAAUAAGUCUUCUAGAAGCAUUGAAAGCAAGCCGCCUAUAGAAACAGUCAAUCAUUUGCCAGACUCCAAUCCAACAUGGGAAGACGACUCAUUUGGGGACUGGGGGGGAAUUCACGGAUGCACCUUCCACAAAACAAAGCCCGCACCUCAACAACCAGAAUGGGACGACGAGGCCUUUGAUGACUGGGGUGACUUCAAUGACGGUCCACUGACGACCCCAGCACCAGCACCAGAACCCACAAGACAAAAGUCAACACCUACAAGCCCACCCCCAGAAAGUUUCACGUCAGGAAACACCGCCCCAUCUUCGAACGUCCGACCAACCAACAUCCCCCCACCAUCCGUCCUCCUAGAACUCCUCAUCGAACUAAUGAACAACCUCCAAAAAGAAGCCGCAACAACCAGCAGCAAAACAACCCGCCAACCCGCCACCGCCUCCAAAAUCCACACAACAACCUCAACAGCAGCCCGCAUCAUAGCAGGGCGCCAUCUCCGCUGGAAACGCGACACAAUCCUCAGCCAAAGCAUGCGCAUCGGACCCGCCCGCGCAGGCAAAUCAAGCGGCAUGAAACUCAACGCUGUAAAUAAACACGAAGAUGUGAAGGAGGAGCAAGAUGCCGCUGAUGUCCUUGCCCUUUGGCGCGAGCGUGCGGCGCUCUUCAACGCCGUGGUUCAGAGCGCUGGUCUUCGGCCCAUUCCGGCUGUGGCCGGGCCUGCGGCUUUAAAGGUUAUUACUGCGAAGUCGGGGCAGGGGGCGUUGAAGGCUGCGCAUGCUUGUGCGCUUUGUGCGCUCAAGAGGGAUGAGAGGGUUCUUAGGGUUGAUGAGGAGGAUGUGCAGGAUAGUUUUGGGGAGUGGUGGACGGAUCAUUGGGGGCAUACGGGGUGUCGGUUGUUCUGGGAGGCGAAUCAUGGAAUGCUUGGGCAGAGAUGA